AAUUACAUACGUAUCACACGGUACCGUGUUGUGACUGUAACCUUGAAUUGGGUCAUAAUGUACAAAACCACUGCGGUUGAAGUGAACAGUGGUCAACGGACGUUGUGAAUCUAACCCCCUUACCGGAGGACACGAUGAGACAGCGUUCACUGCUGUGUUUGUUCUUUCUGUCUACCGUGAUAGUACCUGCGUCAUGUCAGUCCUUCCCAAUAGUCAACACUCCUUCCGGUCCCGUCAAGGGCGUGGUGGUGCCGGUGAAUGGACAGGAUAUAGUACAGUUCCGGAAUAUUCCGUUCGCCCAACCUCCAGUAGGAAACCUCAGAUUUGAGAAACCAGUCCCGGUAGAACCUUGGAAAGACACACUUGAUGGAACUGCGUUUGGACCUUCUUGUAUGCAGGAUAAAUUCCUAUUUCCAGAGUUGUGGGAAAAGGCAGAAAAAGCUGUAGUAGACGAGGAUUGUUUGCAACUAAACGUCUAUGUUCCUGGAGCUGUAUCAACUACAGUGAAAAAACCUGUUAUGGUUUGGAUCUACGGUGGGGCCUUCUCAAUGGGAAGUACUUUUACAUAUGACGGGUCUUUCCUGGCACUUAAAGACGUUCUAGUGGUAACGAUCAACUAUCGUCUCGGAAUUCUCGGGUUCUUAAGCACAGAAGAUUCCGCCAUGCCUGGUAACUAUGGACUUUGGGACAUGAUCGAGGCACUGGAGUGGGUUAAUAAGAACAUUGCAUCAUUCGGAGGAGAUCCUGAAUCGGUGACCAUUUUUGGUGAAUCGGCUGGAGGCUUCGCUGCGUCAUACCUGGCUGUGAUUCCAAGUACUGCAGGUCUAUUCCAACGUUUCAUUGCCCAAAGUGGAUCGGCUGUAGGAUUCAUGGGCAUAGCACCGAAUCCUGCCAGAGCUGCAAAAGCUACGGGGAAAUUCGUUGGAUGCCUACCGGACAUAGACGGAGACGUCAACAGCAGGGCUCUUACAGACUGUCUCAAGCAAAUACCAGUCGAGGAAUUAAUGGAUGCUCAGAGAGAUCCAGGGACACAAUUUUUCGGCUCUUUCUCUGUAUCACCCUUACUCUGGCCAACCAUUGAUGGAGAACUACUUCCGAGGUCACCUUUGGAAAGUUUGAAAGAUCCUAUGUCGACGGAAUCAAUUUACUUUAGAUCUUUAGACAUGCUGGCAGGUACAACAAGCAAUGAAGCUUCGGUGAUUGCAAUGUUUUUAGGUGGAUUACAGGAACCGAUGAACUUCAGUAUGGCUGAAGGAAUACCUACGGCUGUCUUAUGUGACGUAUUUGCUCCAACAUUAGCCAGGGAAAUGUUCAAUGACAAUCCAAUUGUGUCCGAUUUACUUUGUAAGGAAUAUUCAUCUGAUGACAUGGAAGAACAAGCAAGGAAACUUUCAAUUAUGCAUGCGGAUACUUGGUUUGUUUCUCCUACAAUUCAACUUCUUGAUUUCCAUGCUAAAGGUAAAAACACUCCGAUUACUUACCAUUAUUUGUAUAACCAGCCGAUCGACUUUUUUUAUAUGGCCCCAAGUUUCCCUUGGAUGGAGGGAGCAGGACAUGCGACCGAACUGCUCUACAUGUUCGGUCCGUCAGGCCUAAACGAAUUGGACAAAUCAUUAUCAACUGACGAAGGCAGAACAUUUUCUGACGUCCUUGCAAGAUACUGGACAAACUUCGCCAAAACAGGGAACCCAAAUGGAGAUGGUCUUGUCCCUUGGAAGGCGUUCAGUACCGAAGGGCGGGACUACAUGGAGUUAAAGUACCAGCCAGUUCCGGGCAAAAACUUGUACGCAAAGAGGAUGAAGAUUCUUUUGGAGGAUAUACCAAAUAAAAUCAAGAAUAAUGUCAAAACUGAACUGUAGAAAUACACCGAGAUUUGUGAUCUGAAAUCAAAGGGUAUGACAUCAUCAGUCACAUAGAAAAUGUUUCCUGUUUUUGUUUUGUGUGUACAUGUACAGGAAAAACAUCAUUGUACAGUUAAGUAUGACGUAUACUAGUACCUUCCCAAGGGUGUCCAUCGAACUGAAACCUUUUAUAACAUGCAUGAUUCACGAAAGGGAAAUUGUACAAUCACAAUCAAUCCUUACUCGUUCACUAGUCAUUCCAUAGAAUAUGAGCAAAAAAUAUUAUAGAUACAACAGGCUCAGAAUAAUGAACACUUUUUAGUAUUAA